AUGAUAAUGUGUAACAUAUCUGUCAAAGCUUCAUGUCAUAAAUUGCAUGAAAUUUUGAGUGGCUUGAACGGACCAGUGCAGGAUAUUUUUUCAACAACUAGCUUCGGUUACUUGUUGGACCUACCAGCUCAGUUCGGAGACGGACUUCUUAUUCAUGGGUUGUUACUGCAUAUGUUGCGUCCUACUGCUGAAACGGACGCAACUGAGCGUCUACAUUUUGGGUUUUCUAGACGUACAUUAUCAUUUGGGCCUAAGGAGUUUUAUAUUGUAUCCGGACUUUACAUGGGCCGGUGUCCUAGAUCAAUGAUCGAAUUUUCAACAAUGUAUAAACACAGAUACGGUGAAAAUACAUUUCGGUCCAGAAUCUUCCCAUAUUGCACGGACACUACUUUACUUGUAGAAUAUUUAGAGCUCCUUAUCUUGAAUCAACGGUUCAAUGAUAUAUCGGCUCACGACGAUGUCCGUGCCAUUUUGUUAUAUAUUCUGAAUCAAGGUUCUCUUGAGGGAGUUAUGUAUGGUCUAAAACAUACCCUAAAUUGUCGAGGGAAUGAGAAUGUGGAUGGUAAUUAUCGGAUGCCAAGCCCGGUGGGCCAACAAUUCGGUAGUUUACGGAACUCAAAUCGAAUAAACGAGGAUAAUGAUGUUGAUAAUAAACCAAAGUUUGAUUGUAGAAAACAAAAACAAAUCGUGAAGGAGAAGAAGAAAAAGAAAGUUGUUGAUAGCGACAUUGUGGAUGCGGAAAAACAUGUACCCGAGCCUCCUAUUGCAAAACCAAGUCGUUCAGUUAGGCUAUUGAAACCUUCUCAAUAUCUUAGCUCUCCAUACAUUUCGGUUCAAAAUGUCCCCCGAUAUCGUAAAGGUAGGGUAAUAUGCAACGAACCACCACCCCCGUAUCUAUCAGCGAUCCCCAACACUUUUAUUGGAGCCUUAUGUGAUGCUGGGUUGUAA